GGCUCGGGGUUCAAAGAGAUGUUGUCCUUCCCUUUGUCCAGCCUCGGGCUGGUUGCUGUCAUUGAAAGUGCACUUUGUUCUAGGAGGAUGGCCACAGGAAAGCCUAGAAUGUAUCCCCACUGCCGGCCUAGAGGGGAAAUCGGGUGGUAGCCCAGCGAAAGCCGCCUGACGGGCCGUCCCCGCCGAAUCAAUGAGUGUUGUUUCCUCUUUUUUCUGUACACAGGCUCGCUUUUCAUACAUGCGGAUGAAAUACCUUUUCUUUUCCUGGCUGGCAGUCUUCAUUGGAAGCUGGAUUAUAUAUGGCCAGUACUCCACUUACACAGAGCUAUGCAGAGGGCAGGACUGUAAGAAGAUAAUAUGUGAUAAAUAUAAGACUGGAGUCAUUGAUGGACCUGCAUGUAGUAGCCUUUGUGCAAAAGAAACUCUUUAUUUUGGAAAAUGCUUAUCAACUAAACCUAACAACCAGAUGUAUUUAGGGGUCUGGGGCAAUCUGCAAGGUGUUGUGAAGUGUCAGAUGGAACAAGCCCCUCACCUAGAUUUCGGAACUGAGUUAGAACCAAGAAAAGAAGUGGUUUUAUUUGAGAAGCCGACUCGGGGAACAACAGUCCAGAAAUUCAAAGAAAUGGUGUAUAGUCUCUUUAAGGCCAAGUUGGGUGAUCAAGGAAAUCUUUCUGAGCUCGUCAAUCUCAUCCUCUCAGUGGCUGAUGGGAACAAGGAUGGUCGAGUCUCCUUGCCAGAAGCCAAGUCCGCUUGGGCUCUUCUUCAACUUAAUGAGUUUCUGCUCAUGGUCAUUCUUCAAGACAAAGAACAUACACCCAAACUGAUGGGAUUUUGUGGCGACCUCUAUAUGAUGGAAAGAGUUGAAUAUACCUCUCUUUAUGGAAUAAGCCUCCCCUGGGUGAUUGAACUCUUCAUCCCCUCUGGUUUCAGAAGAAGUAUGGAUCAAUUGUUCACCCCCUCAUGGCCUAGAAAGGCUAAAAUAGCCAUAGGACUUCUAGAAUUCGUAGAGGAUGUUUUCCACGGUCCCUAUGGAAAUUUCCUAAUGUGUGACACGAGUGCCAAAAACUUAGGAUAUAAUGCUAAAUAUGAUUUGAAAAUGGUGGACAUGAGAAAAAUUGUGCCAGAAAUGAAUCUUAAAGAGCUAAUUAAAGAUCGCCACUGUGAAUCUGACCUGGACUGCGUUUAUGGUGCAGAUUGUAGAACUAGCUGUGACCAGAGCAAGAUGAAGUGCACUUCAGAAGUGAUCCAGCCCAACCUGGCCAAGGCUUGCGGCUUACUCAAAGACUAUCUGCUGCGCGGGGCACCCGGGGAAAUCCGGGAAGAGCUGGAGAAGCAGCUCCAGUCCUGUGUCGCUCUCACCGUCACAGCAAACCAGAUGGAAAUGGAGCAUUCUUUAAUAUUAAAUAACCUAAAGACACUACUGUGGAAGAAAAUCUCUCAUACAAACGAUUCAUAGCGGAUUUGUCAAACAUGGGAAACUUGCCACUUAAGUCAUCUUGACCAGUAAAAAAAAAAAAAAAAAGGCUCUUCCAACCCCUCCCCAAUCCCAACUUUUCCCAUCAAGCCUUGGUGGGGUCCAGGGCCCAAUGGUCUCCCCAAGCUGGUGAAUUUCUCGGUUGUUUGAGAGAAGAUGCAGACCCUUCUGUUUGUACAGUUUACAAAGAACUUUUAACACAAAUUCUCACCCAAUUCUUAUGACAGUCCUGGGGAGGGAUACAGGGCAGGAUUAUUCCCCUUUUAUGGCUCAGGAGAGAAGGUGUGCUCUGCUUCUAAGUGGCAGCCAGGGCUCUCGUUCCUGGCUUCGGCUCCUAGGUCCAUGGCCCCUUCACAUACUGGGCAAGUUAGGCCUUUGUAUUUCAUCUGAUCAGAGAUGUGAAUACAAGAGCCUGCGGUCUGCUUCUCAAACACACCUAGUUGGUUCUUCACUCCUAAUGCUGUGAAAAUCCUCAUUUACAUGUGAACAUGUUGAUGAAAUGGUUUUUGCAAGGAAUUAUGUUAGCCAAGAAGCCACUGCUGAAAAACAUUGUGGUCAAAUCCAAGCUGCUGUUUUCAAAAUUAAUUUAACUUUCAUAGUUUACUAAUAUCUCAGCAUGGCAGAAUUUGCACAUUAAUGGGAAAUUUCAAUUGCUAAGCAGAUAAAUUAAAUUCCUCUUUGGCAUAAACAGGUCAUGGGGUUUAUCUUCAGUUUCUUUCCAUUCUUACCUCAUUUAUUCAGAUCUUGAAUGCUCUAGUUAGUAAAUUAUAGAUACCUCCAAAUAGUUCUAGAACAGAACUUUGGGGGAACUGGACAUUUUUUAAAAGCACUAAUAAACAACUGCUGUCGGUCUAUUUUUUGCACCAAUAGAUUACAAAGCAUAAGAUAAAAUGGAAUAAUAAAAGGGCAGAAGACUUUUACCCUUACCUUGUCUUGGAAUCAAUACCAAGUAUUUGUUCUAAGGCAGAAGGGCAAUAAGGACUAGGGAGUUAUUUGAGUCCAGAUUAGAACCCAGAAGUCGCAGGUCCAAACCUGGCUUCUACACCCCAAGUCACCCAGCUGUCCCAAGGCUGUAUGCUAAAAACCUUAAUCAUGGGCAAGGGCAGAGACUAAUGAACUAGGUCAGCUUUCCUCCCAAGCCCUGGGCAUUUAAUGUUUGCAGUAGUCAAUGGUAGAAUCUGAUUUGCAUUAGGAUAAAACUGGCCAAGUGACUUGGUCAGACUUCUAGAAGGUACUGAACCAGUUGGGAUGGAGGGACUCAAUUCUACCCUUUGUUCUUGAGGUGUGAUACACAUGAAUUAAUCAUGAAAUCUUAAUGGAAGGACCUUUCAAAUUCUCAGUGAAAAAACACUAAGGUACAAAACAUUUCCAAAUACCAUUUCACAUCAGUUGAUGGGCACACACUGAGAAAGCCUUUACCCAGCAGUCUUCCCAUGUAUAACUGGGACAAAGGGUUAGCACGGAGGACUGAGGGCAUUUUACUUGUAUAUACUUACUUCUGGCAUGUAUCUUCAAACUGCGCACAAUGACAAUCUUUUUUUCCUGUCUCCCUAAAGUAGAACUUUGGGAGAAAGAGCCAAUGUUUGCUGCUGGAAAAGAUUCCAACUUGAAUCAUUUGUGUUCUCCAGCUAGGUCUAAAUGUACAUGGUGUAUCUGGGCAGUGGACAUUACUGAACUACCACGGCAUUGUUCUCAAUAUUUUUUUAACAGUUGUACAGUUUUAAGGUCCUUUUCCUUUCCACUAAGCACCUGGUUUCAAUAAAUGGCUGGCUGGAAGAAUACUUCCUAGUUGUAGCAUUUCCUUAAUCGUCUAUCACAGCCAAAAGGAAUCUUAAAAUUAGUUUAUCAACAGCUGUGCGGCUGAUAGA